AUGUUCUUGAAUUGUUGCCCUAAUGUUUACUCCCUGAUCUUGAAAACAUAAAUCUAAUUUAUUGAUCGUGACAUAAUACUAUAGGUUAACCUCAAAGACUAAUUAUCGAUAAUUUUAAAGAAGGACUUUUUACACAUCUAUAAACAAGGAGAACCUAUUUCCUCAUUCAAAUUACAUUUUCCUAAUGUGAUCAAAUGGUAAUUCGAUAAAGGAUUGGUAGGAUUCACCAUAGAUAAUGGAACUUAUUUAACUGAAGAGGCAUACAAAUUAAAGGAAUACUUAAAUGGAAGAUUGUUUUUUUCUAAAAUUCAGGAUUUUUACACUCCUCUCUAAAUCUUAGGAAAAGGAAGCACUGCCAAAGUUCUCCUAGUGAAAUCGAAAAUUGGGGAAUCAUUCUAUGCUGCAAAAUGCGUUCCCAAGACUGAAUCUAUAAUUUAAGAGAUUGAAAUUAAUAAUCUAUUGGACCACCCAGCAUUUGUGAAAAUAAAAGAAGUAUUUUUAGGAGAUACAAGUUAUUAUAUCAUAAUGGAUUUAUUGUCUGGAAAGAACCUUUCAAUAUUACUUAAGAAUUAACAUACAGGUUUGACAGUUGAGUAGUCUAAAUUGAUUAUGCAUGCAUUAUUAAGUGGAAUUGACUACAUGCAUUCAAAAAACGUUAUGCAUAGAGAUAUUAAACUAGAAAAUAUAGUUUUAGAAAAGAUUAACAAUCUUACAACAUUAAAAUUAGUAGACUUUGGUUUAGCUACUUAUUCCAAUAUCAAAAAGUAAUACAAGAUUUCAAAACUUAGAUUUAAGUAUCCCAAGUGUGGUACUCCAGGAUAUGUAGCUCCAGAAAUUGCGAAUUUGACUGACUAGAAUUCUAUUUAUGAUAAGAAAUGCGAUAUAUUUAGUGCAGGGGCAGUUUUCUAUAAAUUAUUAACUGGACGAGAUCUAUUUCCAGGGACAGGGUUUGCUUAUGUAUUAGCUUAAAAUAAGAAAUGUCAAAUCGACUUUACUCUUUUAUAAUUAAGAAAACUGCCAUCAGAUGCUAUAAUAUUGUUAAAAUCAAUGUUAUAAAAAGAUCCAAUCCUAAGACCAACCGCUUAGGAGUGUUUGAAAUUUCCAUUUUUUACAUCUACUCAAUAAAACGAUACUGAGAAAUCACCAGCAACUAAUGGAACUUAAAAUUCAAAUUCUGCACCUAUUGGACCAUCUAAUGCACACAAAAAAUAAUUUUUUGCUUAAUAAAAACAGAUGAUGCAGACCGUAGAUUUCCAACCUGAAGAAAAACCUGAAUAUAAAGGAUCAUUCGUGACAAAUGAUAUGGUUUAAUAUCCUUAGAUGCCUAAGAUGGUCAUGAAAUUCAAUACAACUGAAUUUGAAUCAAUAUGA